AUGUGCCUGCGUAAAGCUUGAAAAUUUCGCGUCUUGACUUUGUUGAAGCGAGGGCUUUUUAGCCUAGUUUUGGUGUGUUUUCGGGUAUUAUCUCGCCAAUGGGCACGCAAGAUCAAGGGGCUCUUCUUUUAAAGAAACAGUUAAAAGAACUGAGCAGAGAUCCCAGUGAUUCGUUUUCGGCUGGGCUUAUUGAUGACGAUGAUCUGUAUAAAUGGGAAGUUUUAAUCGUAGGGCCGGAAGAUACAUUCUACGAAGGGGGGCUCUUUAAAGCACAUUUGCUGUUUCCCAAAGAAUAUCCCCAACGGCCUCCUAAAAUGAGAUUUAUAUCGGAAAUGUGGCACCCAAAUGUCCAUGCGAAUGGAGAGGUGUGCAUUUCUAUUCUUCAUGAACCAGGAGAGGAUAAAUAUGGCUAUGAGAAAGCAUCAGAGCGCUGGCUGCCUGUGCAUACGGUUCAUUCUAUAUUAAUAAGUGUCAUUUCCAUGUUGGCGGAUCCUAAUGAUGAAUCACCGGCAAAUGUUGACGCAGCAAAUGAUUGGCGAUUGAGUUAUCACGAUGAAUUUAAAAAGAAGGUGAAGAGAUGCGUUCGGAAGUCGCAAGAAUUCUAGAAUAAACACAAUAUAGAAAUGCCUUUUUUGGUCUGUAAGUACGCGAGUGCCCUCGAGAAGUUACUUUGCAGUGACAUCUUUACAAUGUUAAAUUGUGCCUCUAAAUAUGCUUGCAAAAGCGCUUAUAAUUGCAAAUUGGAUUAAUAAUUACAUUAUGCAGAAGCUGUAGAAAGAUAUCAUGUGUGAUUCUAGAUGAAUGUAAUGCACUAUGAAGCACCAAAGGUAGUCUUUGUUCCUUAGAUAUUAAUAUUCUUAGAAGGAAGYAUUAUCCUUCAAAACAUUUCUAUAUCUGAUAUCCACUAGAAACACUGGUUUAUUAGAAUUAUUGCUUUUGAAUUAUUUGCUGCAUUUGUACAUAUUAUACACAUGACCAUAAGAUAGUCUAGGAAGAAAUACCAGCCUCUAUUUGUAAUACAGCUCUUAAUAAAGUUGUUGUGAUUGGCUGGCUAGAACAAUAGGCUCUAUUGUUUAAGCUUGAACCAACCAAUUACCAGCAAUGUUCUUGGAAGCUGCRACUGAGCCUGUUUAGUUUUCCAGUAUAGAAAAUGAUUUUGAUCAGAGGUGGGUCCAGGUGGGGGUUCACAUGGCUUAUUGUCUGUUGUUUGUGAGGCCUAUGGUGAUGUGAYAUCCCCCCYGRCAGCUUUCUGGAGCCUACCCUGCUGAAAAAAACUUAAUACUCCAUUUUCAAAUUCAAAGCAAAUAACCGGUGCUUUAUAUGACAGCAGAUUCUCUUAUGCAAAGAACUUACCUAACAUCAAGGAAAGCAUGAGAAAAUGUUGUUAGCACUAAACAAUAGUGCUUAAACCUUAGGUAUUAUGGGAAUACAGGGUUAGUCUCAAUUYGGGAAAAUGCAAAUUUUYAAGGCUAUUGUAAUAACAACAUUUUCUCKUACUCUCUUUUGUGUUUGGACAGGUGCAAUAAAAUGUUGUCAAAUAAAGCAGUAGUUUUUCGCUAUGAAUUCGAAACUGGAGUAUUGAUCAAAUUUAAAGGUGUUGUUACACUGUACAGUUUUUUUAAGCARUUUGUCUUACAACCCUGUUGGAAGAAUUGCUGGAACACUUGCAGUCAAAGGGAUUUUUGCUGAAACUMAAAGGGUACCAGGGUAACUACAGGGUAACUGUUUUUGUGAUUAAACACUAGUAUGACAUUCUUGCAAUCAGAUGCAUGUGAAAAUGACUUAAAUUAUAAUUUUGUAAUUUGCUGGAGUGGUUUUCCUUUGACAGUGAAAAUAAAGUUUAUAUAUUUUA